AUGUUAUUUCUAUUUACUUCGGUUUCUUCAUCUAUCUAUCUAUCUAUCUAUCUAUCUAUCUCACUAUUUCAUAUCUACUUCAGUUUCUUCAUCUAUCUAUCUAUCUAUCUAUCUAUCUAUCUAUCUAUCUAUCUAUCUCAUAUUUGCUUCAGUUUCUUCCUCUAUCUCAGUCAGUUUCUUUCUUUCUAUCUCAGCCAUCUAUCUAUCUAUCUAUCUAUCUAUCUAUCUAUCUAUCUAUCUAUCUUUUCAUAUUUACUUCAGUUUCUUCAUCUAUCUAUCUAUCUAUCUAUCUAUCUAUCUAUCUAUCUAUCUCAGUCAGUUUCUUUCUUUCUAUCUCAGCCAUUUCUUUAUCUAUCUAUCUAUCUAUCUAUCUAUCUAUCUAUCUAUCUAUCUAUCUAUCAUUUGCUUCAGUUUCUUCAUCUAUCUAUCUCAGUCAGUUUCUUUCUUUCUAUCUCAGCCAUUAUAUCUAUCUAUCUAUCUAUCUAUCUAUCUAUCACUUCGCGGAAUGGGUCACACCUAGAAAUCUAUCUAUCUAUCUAUUUAUCUUUUCAUAUUUACUUCAGUGUCUUCAUCUAUUUAUCUAUCUAUCUAUCUAUCUAUCUUUUCGUCAUCUAUCUAUCUAUCUAUCUAUCUAUCUAUCUAUCUAUCUAUCUAUCUUUACUUCAGUUUCUUCAUCUAUCUAUCUAUCUAUCUAUCUAUCUAUCUAUCUAUCUAUCUAUCUAUCUCUUCAUAUGUACUUCAGUUUCUUCAUUAUCUACCUAUCUAUCUAUAUAUCUAUCUAUCUGUUCAUAUUUACUUCAGUUUCUUCAUGUAUCUAUCUAUCUAUGUAUCUAUCUAUCUUUUGAUAUUUACUUCAUGUCUUCAUCUAUCUAUCUAUCUAUCUAUCUAUUUUUCAUCAGUAUCUAUCUAUCUAUAUCUAUCUUUCAUAUUUAUCUUUCUUUAUCUUCAUCUAUGUAUCUAUCUAUCUAUCUAUCUAUCUAUCUAUCUAUCAUUUUUUCUAUAUAUCAUAUAUCUAUCUGUUCAUCUAUCUAUUUAUCUAUCAUAUCUAUCAUUUCUUCAUUAACCUCUAUUAUCUAUCAUCUCUCUAUGUAUCUAUCUAUCUUUUGA